AUGAGCAACGGCACCUUUGAGAAAGGUAUUCAGCAAAAAUGCACUAAGGCCAUUUCUGCAUACGAACCCCUAACGAAAUAUCUGUGGUCGAUUUCCGUCAACAACGAGGUCAAGCUGCGAUUCUACCUAUCCGCAACUCGCCCUAUCGUGAUGUACGGAUCGAAAACUUGGGUAGCACCAAAUGGAAGUCACCAGUCUAUGGUAAUGAAGAGGCUUGAUUGGAAGGGAAGAAAGCUACUUAGGUGGUUUCUUGGCCACCUUUGGCCUGGCGUAUGUCACAAUGAAGAUCUUAGGGCUGAAAUUAAUGUGGUGUUAAGUGGAAGAUAUCGGCAUCUUGCACCGCCAUCGAAGAUCGUCCUCGCGUCUUCGGUCAUAUACUGUGGAGACCAGUAG